AUGCAGNNUAAAUCCGUGUUUUUCGAUGGCUUGUUGCCGUUGUCCAAGCAGAGCACUAGGUUGUCUAGAUUGCAGAGCUAUGCGAACCAGCUCGUCACUUUCAAGGCGCUGAACAAGGAAGACUUGCCUUCUCGUGCAGACAAUGUACAGUCUUUGAACGCCGAUGCAUUGACUGCGGGAGCCAUUGCCAACCGUCUCAGAGCUCUUCCCGCUCCACCAUUCUUGGUUCCUGCAGUCAUUGAGAUGCUUCUCGAAAGCCGUUUCAGCUCUCUGGUCUCUGUCGUUCCCGGCGAGGCAGAUGCGUACUGUGCAGAAGCCGCCAGGCAACACGGUGGUGUCAUCUUUACCAGCGACUCGGAUCUCUUGGUGCACGAUCUUGGAGAGUCCGGAAAGGUGAUACUCUUCCGGGACCUUGAGACGAUUCAUCUUCCAAGCAGAGGCAAAUGUCUAAAAACUCAGAAGUAUCAUCCAGCUGCUAUCGCCAGGCGGUUUGAGCUCCCGAAUCUGGUCAAAUUGGCAUUCUUCAUGUCCCAGGACCAUCAUAAAAGUCUUACUGAGAACGUCAGACUUGCUUCAAAGGACACACCAAUGUCUGCUGGAUUUGCAGAGUUUGCGGAAGAAUAUGGAUCUCUGCCUCGACUGUCGAAAUUGGCCAUGGCAGGAAGCAUGAACGAGACGAACACAGCAGAAGCGCUUGCUCGUCUGGAUCCCAGGAUUUCUGAGAUUGUCCAUCUGGUCCGCGUAAAGGAGAAUCAAGAAGCACCUUCAGAUUUGCAAGACUCCGAGAACCUCAAUAUGUAUCUUCCGUUCAUCAACGAUGAUCCGACAAGAACAUCUGCAUGGAGAUCUGGUGUUUCCAUCCGUGCUCAGGCGUAUUCGUUAUUACGCGUGCUGAAUUCAAGCAUCACACAAGUCACCGAGUUUGAGCGNAAGGGCACUCGCGUGGCAGGAACGGUGGUCGACUUGGACUGCACAUCCAGCCCAAGUCUGAUGCUAGAAGACUGCUUGAAAGUUUUGCAGCAAGAUCUAGAACAUCACUCAUCAUUAUCCAGAGCGGCUAAGUGGCGUGCUGUGGCAGUAAAACUUGUCUGUCAAUCUAACCUCGACAAUGACAAGCCUCCGCCACUUAGCAGCGACAUCAGCAGACUCGUCGCAGGUUCGCGAGAAGGCGUGCUGUCCUGGUCAUUCAUCCAUGCAAGCGGCCAAAUGCAAGCUUCUCUCUAUUCACUGAGGAUGCUGUCCCAAAUCUCCACCAUCGUACACAACCUGCUUGAAAGCACUGGCCACGGAAUUCUCCUGCCAUUACAGAGCCUCAUCACUUUGCUCCAAGACCUACCCAGUCUACGAAAACUCCUUGACGAGAAAUCAGCGAAGGCCGAUGGUGAGGCUGAGGCUGCCAGAGCAGCGUUCCUCAGUACAUUACAAAACUUAGGCGUUACUCAAGAUACCACAGAAACAUCGACGAAGAAGAAAAAGAAAAGAAAGAAGAAGGGUGAGCAUACGGGNGGUGACCGCACACCGCCUGGCGUGGCGUGGAGAUCCAACAACAUGUUCAGCAAUCUUGCGCAGAAGAAUUGA